GUUUGCAAUUUUCUUUGUACAUGUGGCUUCCGCAUUCGAACGAGCGGGUUUUUCGAGUCAAUAGGUCGUUUUCUUCUUCUUCUUGAAGACAUGCGCGUUCAGACUCGGAGCAAAUCACAGAAUCUUGGAAAGUGAAGAUGGAAAUUACCAUGCCGGACGUUGAGCCUGAAGGGCCACACACCUUCUACGCACCAGACCCUCCGGUAAUCCCUCCAUAUGAUCCGCCAGUACACUGGUCCGAAGUUUCUUCCGAAUGGACAGCACAUCUCAAUUAUAACAGAACCGGCUUCCAUGUCUCCAGACUCGACCCUAAUAAUCCUUCAGGGUGCAUACUCGGACCACCCAGUCAGAUUCCGGACUAUCACCCUCUGCUGGAGAAAUAUGGUAUACAAGUCUUGGGAGAGUCCGGUUUCAUAAACCACUUGGGAGUACCUCCUGCCGUGAACAACAACAUUCAUGGUCGACUUGCGUUUGCAUGGUACAGAAAUCCCAUGAUCGAAAAGAACAAAGAGAUCCAUCCCGUUUUGAGAAAAGAGCUUUGGCCCAACAUAACUUACCGGGAGUGGAAUCUGAUGCAGCCAUCUUUGCUCCUAGCAUCGGCCAUCUUGGAUGAUCCUGUCACCCUCAAUUAUUUCCAUGCUCUCGCUGUUCCAUCUGCUGAGAUGGAGACACAAUUUCACCACAGCGAUACAUUCGUGGGAUAUUGUAAAAAUAUGAGUAUACCAGAUGUGUUGACAGAGGCUGAGCAGAUGGAAGUGUUUCGAAAGAUGUACGCGGUCCGUGACUGGACGACUUGGUCAUUCGGAGAUUGUGAAGGAUAUUAUGGCCUGACCAGUUGGCGAAUCGAUGCGACAGGUUUUCGGACUGUCCCUGCUUCCAAACCGUAAG